GCUAGGGAUUAAUUUUGCAGAAUAAUGGGCGCAAAUGAUUUACAAAUAACAGGCGCCGGCGUAGCAGCUGAAAAUAUCAGGUCAACGGUACUCUUCACCUGCUAGGCUUCACUGAGAUUGCUUCGUGGAAGGUCCCUGGCUGUACGUAACAACAGAGAGGAACAGCGAGGAGACAGCAAGAAGGAUUCGACAACCACACAACACAUAUUGAAUGGAAUGCGGGUAGGUGAUAUACUCUGUGCAUGCAGUGAUUACCGGGAAGUUGUCUUCCACAGCAACCUUUUUCUUUCCAUAUUGGAUAACUGUACGUAAUCUUUACUAGAGAAAGCGUGGAUACGUCGGCUCGUUCCUGUCCAUGAAAAAUACGUUCACAUUUAACAUCUUUUGUCGAAACGUAAACCUGGAAAGGCUUCGCGAGAAAACGGAACGAUAUAGACGUAUUAUUUUGUUUACCCUUUUAAACUCGUUUCCGUUGUUGAAAGCGGCCGCGAAAUCUUUCUGUAGUAUGAUUUAGGUCUUUUUUGCACCGGCUCGAAAACUGCUCCGUUGUAAGAGGGUCAUUUUAAGGUCCAGUCGAUAUUAACCACGUUAAAAUACUUACGUAUGACUGGGGAUGAUUACGAAUUAAACUGUCAGGGAUCCGUACUGUGAGGUAUGGCAUAAAUGAGCGUUCCUUUGUCAAAAGUAACCUCUUAUGCGGGUUAUCCUCGACCUUUGCUACUCUUUGCGUUGCUAGAAUAUCAGUUAAGCGUUGAGCUUGAUUAUCGUCUGUUGAUAAAUUGAGAUAAAGUUUUUAUGCUAGGUAGAUAGAUAUUUUUUAAUUGGUAAUCCGUGUCGGGGUUCAAAAUAUGUCUAUCUUUAUAAUCGGUCUGACUUAAAAUGGUGUUAUUGUUUGAAAAGAGUUGUUGUAUAAUUGUUUGAAUAAAGGUGAUUUGUCUACGAGAAACUUCUGUGAAAGUCCAUUAUCUGGCCCUAAUCGGAUAGUCUUCAGAUAAGAUUUUAUAGGUGUAGUGAACAUGGCCACCUUGGGUCAAUUUGGUUUCGAGAGCUUUGCGCCAUAUAUACGCUUAUAAGUCAUCAAACUUAGCUGGUACAAAUCUUAACCCCUAUCCAAAUAUUAACUUCCCAAUAUUAACUUAAAGACGAUUCAGCACAAGGGAUCUAUAACUUGACACAGCAGAUAAAAACAUUUCCUAGAUGUUUUUACUGGAGGUUUUUGUGAUACGAUUAUCCACUUCCUUGGUAUGGCAUUUUGUUUUCGUUUUUGUAACUGCAAUGGUUAGAGUAAGUCCGCCAGCUUGGCGCUCUCCAAAUAGUUUUUAUGCUAAGAAAACAAGCAAAGCGAAUAUGGUUUGGUCUGUUCUCCAACAUAAAUCUUAGAAAUUGUCAAAAGUGUCUCACGAAUAUUAGAGAUGUCGUCACUCCGAGAAAAGUGUUUAAAAAACACUCGUAAGACAAUUACGAGGAAAAAAGCUUAUGUAAGAGGUAGUAUUCACACGCUUCCUAAAUUCCUGUGUAUUUAUAACAGUUUUACACGGUACAGUGUAAAUCCGAAGAAUUUGACACUUCAGCGGUUUGCUAAAUCAAUAUUUUUCCUGUUUUUUCUGAAAAUCACCAGAAUUAAUGAAAAGCAAACUACGAUGUCAUAACACUCGGUGUGAGUAGCUAACGACUUAAAUGCAAACAGAUUAAAACAGAUCUAGAACGCAUAAUUGAAAACCAUCUACGAGGAGCAUCUAGUCUGUUUGAUGUUGCUUCGUUUUCGUGCUUCUAAGCAGUGAGGUAGGUACCCUGUUUUCGUGACCUCUUAUUAUGGAAAUCCCACGAAGAAAACCGCGUGUGAUUGAGAAGCCUGGGACAACCCUUAGUCAUGUUGACUAGCAUUUUUAAAUCUGCAAAGCUGUUUGCACUACGUGAAAAUUAACUGUUCAAGACAUCAACUCGACACCGAUAGAACCCAAAACAGAGUUAGGUUGCAAAGUUAAUUUUCACGAAGUACGAUCAGCUUUGCUGAUCAGGGCUUCUUUAGAUCCCUUGUUCUGCGGCAUAUGCGGUCCUUUGCAGUUAAUGAUAAUUGUCAAAGCCGACAGGAAUCGAUGUUGAGCAGCUUCAAAUUUUUUUUGGUAGAAUUCUUUCUGGUAUGCCAGUGCAAAUUUAAGAGCAAUUUUGCUUGUUUCCUACUCUAUCCUCGCUAGCUUUCGAGAACACUGGCCCAUGAGAAUGCCGGAUUUGCAAUGGAUUGCUAGUAGCUCCUUCCAUACAUGUCGAAAGACAUCCGAUUAAUUGAUAUUGUCCAUAAGUUGAAAAAACUGUAGUUCUGUAUCAAACCAACACCAGGCUGUGUUUACGUCAGUGAGGCUAAUAUAAUAGGGAAGGCGCAAUUGACCCAGACUCUCUUAUUUUCUAAUUAUAAGCUGUUGACUUGGUAGAAUAUAAGAUGGCGGUGCCCAGAAGCUUUUUUUCACAGGUCACACUGUCGGAUUUCGUGUUAGUUUAGAGAAAUCUUGUUAUGCGUAAUAAACAGUUAUCAAAAGAGUCUAAGGAAUACUUCUCAUAGCGUUGUUUGUGCGAGCCUCCGGACGUGCGCCGCACGCUAAUCUUUGGGUUGCCUGGGGUUCCUUGAGUGAAAUCAAACGAGCACUGUUUCUAGCAUUUUUCAAAGCAGACUGAUAGAAUUUGCAAAACAGGCUCACUUGGAGGCUUUUUUAGGUUGUAUUUUCAAUAUAAUGUAUCAGAUGUAGUUAUGAAGCGUACAUCAACGAAACAAUCGUUAUUCCGGUCUGCUGUAAAGAUGCAAAGUACUUAUUGUCAAAACUGAGAUAUAUGCAAUUGCGUUUUUGGGUUAUUCAAAACGACACCAAAGCAAAGAAAAAUGGUCAGCCUUGAAAAGAACUAAACUCAAUCAGUAUACAUCUCACAACUUGUAUAAUCACGUGAGAUUUUGCCCGCUCCUGUGGUACUGUUAUCAGUAGCGGAUGCAGACCUUCAGAUAAGGGGGAGGCCCGGUCUCGAAAAAAUUUUUUUCGGCCCUCUGGGCCCCCUUUUGGUCUAAAAAUAAGGGGGGGGGCUGGGCCCCCCGGGCCCCUCGCCUGGAUCAGCCACUGGUUAUUCACUACCGCAAGAAUGAAUUCGUUGAACCUCCGUUAACCUUUUAAGUUCCAGCGGUGACCAACAUCUAUUUUCUCCUAACAAUAUCAGUACAUAAUAUUUAAAGAAAAGUUUAUGAGAAUAAAUAAAAUGAUCACCUAAGGGAAAAUGCUGUGAUCUUUGAUCAAAUUCUCUCAACUCAUUCUGUACGGAAAUGUAUGAAGAUUAGUUUGGAGAAUUUGUAUGUGGAUAUUGGGGCUUAAGGGUUAAAGGACUAGCCAAAUUGCGAAGAUUUAGUGCUCGUCUAAGAGAGUCGAAUGGAACCACAGGAUUCUUUUCGAAUGGAACCUACUGAUACGAUUUUCCAUUUACUAAAAAGGUUUGAUAAUUUGAGAAGCGUGGUCCGUCCCCGGGGGCAGACACUUCUUCUUGGCGGGGGUUUCUUGAAUGUAAUUUUCUACACCCUUUGUCAGACCAGACCUCGAAAAUCCGUUAGUCAAGUGGUCGCCCACAGUAAAACCAUGGAAAAUUAUUUACCGUCAUGUCAAUAAUGAGGUCACAGUCUCUUUCGAGAAGUUCCAACUAUGGGACUUUGAUUGGAAGAAUUUUGGUUGCUUAUGAGAGGUGGUAGCUUAUUGCCAUUUUGCCGUCUGUAUACCUGUGCAGAUAUAAACCACAUAAGACGCCACUUUGAACGUUCAAGGGUAUCAGAGUCCUAUUUGCUUUCUGUGGUUGGGCUUUCUUUGUUCUAGCCAUCUGGACUGUUUGGUGGUCGUUCCGUCAAGUAUUUCCUUGUCAAAGUGGGUCGCUGACUGAUUUGUCUAGACGAUUUUUUGAGUAGGAAUUUCAAUUUAUCCUUAGUUUUUUUUUAUGAAACAUAGCCAUUCAUCCGUCGAAGAUUCCCUUUGACAAAACGUGCCCGAAAGCCUAACAAUUAGUGUAAUUAUUUAUAACCGAGUUAUCUUGCUAGGAUCAGGUCAAAUAGGCCGCCACUAAUUUACCAUUGUCAAGCAAUACAAUAACCGACAAUAAACUCUUAUUUUUAAUUAGUUUAACCCACAGGAGUUUUUUAAUGUUAAUUAUGUAAGGGAAACAAGUUAAACUUAAUCCAAUACGGCCAUUUUAUAUUUUAUUGUAAUGUUUUAACCACGUGCAUUCCUGGUUAUAAAUGGAGCAUUUGUUUAAUGACAUUGGGUUUUUAUUAGGUUAUGCUCGGUUAGGUCCAUUCAAAAUAGUUUAAUUUAAUACACAUUGGGCUCCUUCAAACCGCUCCCGUGAACGAUCACCCUUAGUUUGGGCCAGCGUCAUGAAACCCCUUUUUCAAUGAAAAGCCUCCGUAAGCGACCGAGUCCAUUUUCGUUACUAAGCAGCCAGUAUGUUAAAAAGAAUUAAGCAGGUUGAGGUCGAGAAGGGUGUCCGUGAAUCAUUCUUAUUUGUUAUGUAGCUGGAAAUUUUUCCCAACAGCGCGCGCUCUCAUUGGUUAUUUCGAGGUCACAUGACAUCUAACAAUGAAACUGUUUCCCGCCAAAAUCUCUGCCGGCAACAUUGCAAAAUCUCUGACGUCAGAGGGUAACAGUGUACUUUGACCGACGACCGCCGUUAGAGCGAGGUUUAAUGAAUUUCCAGCUUCAAAAUUUCCAGCUAUAUAACAAAUCACAUUAGGACUGGUCGCGAGGGAGACAGUUAAUUUUGUUUGACUGUUUCCCUCGCGACCAGUCACUAAGUGUUUUUACUAAGCCUCGCCCAAUAACUGCUAUUGUUGUAAGAGCAAAGUACUUGCAUUGGAAAACGCUCCAUUUCCAAAAGACAAGUGAUAGAAGUUUCGUUUCGAAGAAAGAUACUUUUAUAACACAGACACUCUCGAAGACUGACACCUAAUGUUGAUCAGCACCGUUCUUCAGAUAUUUCUUUUAAUUUUUCGUAAGGCGGACACCUCUGAUAUACAACGGCAAUACAACGAUUGUUGACUGAUUACAUUGAAGGCGUAUACCGUGGCUCACGAUUUUGUCCGAGAACAACAUAUUAAGUCAAAGUUAUCUCAGCAUCAGUCAAACGUUUCGUGUUUUUGUGCACUAUAUAAAACAAGGUAGGGCAGGAACGUCUUAAGGGUUUUCGGUAAUUUCCACAGGUUCAACAGACGGGGAUAUCCUCGUGCCUUUCCCUGCAUGCUUAGUCAGCUUCCUGUCUCAUGUUAAAUGGAGAACUGCCCUAAUUUAAAUCUAGAUGGUCAACGUGAGCGCAUGCGUCGCCAGGCCAGUUUGGAAAGGCAGUGACUUCACUCAAUGAGGAUCCACCGACCAUUUAUUUUCCUUUUUUUAAGCACAUUUUUUUCAGGAUUUUUUUUUGAAACUGAUUUUAACUUUGAAGUCAUUCUGCCAAGAUGUCUAGUACUCGUUCGGUACGCAAUGUGUCCAUUGUGGUCAACAGGAAUGCGUUUCUUGACGUGCGAGACUCACUCAAGGGGGUCACAGCAUAAAGACGAACGGAAAAUCCUCUCGAAUUUAUCGAGAAACCGUCCAACCGUUCAAGGUUAAGAAUUAGAGUAAAGUAACCACAGACAAAAGUAUGCACGGUCAUGACCACACCCCUCAGGUUUCUUAUCGUGGGAGUAGUGGUUUGCAGUUACAUUCAAUUCCCGUUAUAGUGGACGCUCUUAGGACUUCGAGUUAGUACCCAUUUCUACGAGAGUCCGCAAAAGUGGGGCUUUAUUUCGGUCAAUUUUGUAGUUUAAUUCAGUCAAUUCUGUAAUUUAUUUUUACUGGGGAUUCAUCUAUCAGCUAUUGCCUGUAUUAUAAUUGUGGUGUUGAGUGUUGACUGGUCCUCGGCUAUUUGAGUCUACACCCCCAAGAAAUCGCUGAAACUGCUACUACUGCUUCUAAAACUAUAAAAACGAAUACUCGAGACUUUCAGAUUCUAUAAAGACGAGGACAACUGCGAGAACGAGCCUGACUUUCUCCGGCAAUAUUAAGAAGUGCGCGCGCUUGAACUUGAACCAGCCUCCUUUUGGCGGGAAAACACGAUAGCCGUCGUGUCGUCAUUCUACUACGAGUUUGUGCGAGAAUGUCGUAGUGGAAGAAACAAGUUACUGAAUGUUAGAAGUACAACUGAACACUAGCGGUGACUCAAAUAAAAGAUAAAAACAGCAUAACAAAUAUUACAAAGGUAUCAAAGCUAAAACCUAGAUCUGUUCUUAUAUGUCUCAUACAAAAUAGUUAUGCUGUAUGAAAAAAGUCUUAUUUAUCAGAGAGCUACAACACCAAAUGGUCAAAAAUUUAAUUAUUGCAAGUCAUGCAAUUUCCACAACCAUUCUUCAACGAUGAAAGAAGGUUAGGUCAGGUUUCCAUAUUAUGUAAUGCCCUUGCAUUUACUACCUGUCUCGUUUUAAUUGGAAACGAAUAAGUAAAUGAAUGACUUUGAAGAACCCUUGAAAAAACGACCCAAUCGAGCGAAUUCCAAGGACGCUAUACCGUCGCGCGCGCCUUAAAUCUUUUCUCACCCUCUUAACAUGAAGUGCGCGUCAAUUGCUUCCCGCUGUGACGUCUUUCGCUCUUUGACAUGCAGUCAAUUAUAACCGUCUUUUAAUCGGGAAAAAUAAAUUCUGCCUCUUGCAACAUUGAUUGCAUACUAGCUGCUUUAAUUGCCAGCAUACAAUGCAGUAUUAAAUUCAAGAUUAUUUAUACAUGGAUCCACCUCUAGAAGUUAGAUUACGUGAAAUGUAGUUUUGUCGGCUUCUUUCAUUCGAUGACCCCGACCUCGAAGAAUUAGCUAAAGAAUACCGCCACAAUUAAAAUAAACUAAGCAUUAUUUGUGUAAUACGCACUCGAGACACGACCCUUUUACCUACAGGAGAAAAAAAAUACACGCUCCACAAAAUUAUCAGAAAAAUUUGCUGCAAAAAAUGCGAAGAAACAGGAGGAAAGAGGAAACGAAAAAUUGGUCAAAACGAACUGCGAACUUUGGAUUAUCUGAUGGUUGCUUCUAACACUUCUUCGUUCAACGAAGUGUAAAAGCAAAUUGCAAAUAAAUCAAAACCGUUUUGUGGUCUUAAUCUGUGUUUGUUUUUUCAAGAGUGUCCUCGUUCUAUAUGAUUCAUCUUAUUCUUUGGGUGUCUGAGUUUCAAUUCUACAACUAUAAACGGUACCAACAAAGAUGACUAGAAAUGUUGUCCAGUUAUAGCUCCUCGGCAGCCACUUUUAAAGCUGUUCAACUUUUUAAAUUUUUAUAGAAUGGAGCCAAAGCCCUCCCUUGAUCAGCAGGGAAGGUCUUUCUCUAAAAAAAGUUCAAAGAAAAAACUGUAUCCGUUGUUUUUCUUUGCGGUGUUUUGAAAAGAAACCAAAUUGAGACAGAAAGGUAUUCAACUAAGGGAAAUCGUUGCAUUUCAAAGCUAAAGGCAGACAGCGUCACGGAAUUUCCUACUGGUUAGAGUUGGAGUUUAUUUCUAUUCGGUCUAACUGUUGUGGUUUAUUCAACCUCUGAUAGAAAAUGCUUUUAUUGUUCUUUACGCGCUUUAAUAAGCCCCAGCCGGAGGCUAUUUAUGUUCAAUAUCAAUUUUUUCAAUUAGACCAAGCUUUAAACUAAAACCGUGACACUUCGUUCCUCCAAACAGAGAUUAAAUCAGCCACAGACUUCCGACGAGAAAGCCAGUGAGGUGCAAAAAGGAUCUUCGCAAAGGAGUACAAAUGUAAGUUGAAUGUGCUGUUAAUGUAUUAUGAGUAUUGAAUAAGUUGUGUAUGGCAUAUCGUUAGUGGCUAAACCGACCACUGCAACCCAAAACAUCUCCAUAGAGUUUCGUUUGUUUGUGAUAAACACAAAUAAAUGUAAAGCUUGUAAAAGAGUACAAGUGAAUCUUUAUUAAGUCUGUACUGUUAGUCCUAAUCUUUUAAAGGACUCAAUGACUGAAAGUGUCAGGUUUUACACUUAACAGUCAGUAUAUAGCCUUCAGCCUUUAGUGGUACACAAAGCGAUGCAUGUAAUAUUAUGCACCAAAUCGCCAAACUAUAAGAGAUUAAGGUAAAGAUACCUAGGUUAAGGCAAAGAAUUUGCUGAUCUGAACCGCUCAAUAUAUUUUCCAUCUUGCCUCAAAUUUAAUUUGGGUAAAGUUCUCUCCAUGUGUAGCUAUCAUUGCUACAAUUCCGUUCCGUUUCUUAGCCAUAAGCACGUCCUUGAAACUUGUGGAGCAUCGUUGGGUCACCACGACAAACUCGCCGGAGUACCACAAAUUUCCGUUCAUUAAUUUCGUUUCGUUCGUUUUCUCGCUAACUUUUCGAUUCCUGGUAAGUCAAGUGAAACUCUUCUUGAAGAUUAUCGGACCAUCUUUCUCUUUUGAAAUAUGUUGAAUUUAAAUAUGUUGAAAAAAUUUUCAAGUAUGCUCACCGCCUAACUGUGAUAUGUCGAUGAUAUGAUAUACACUAGUUUGUAAAUUUAUAAGAAUUUAGAAAUAAUUUGUCCAACGAUCUGCUUUCUCUCCGUCUAAGCGGGGUAAUACCUCGAGUACUAUUGUGAAGCUAAGUGACCCAGUAAUUGCAAUUGAUUGAAAAGUCAACGUUUAUUGACAUUCUACGACCUCAGUGUUUACCGACUCCAUUUACCACCGGCCGGUACCGUUGCGAUAUCAGCGCAAACAAUUACUGUUUGCCUUAAGUGAUGUUGUAAGUUAGUUAGUAAGUGUAAAGUGAUCGAUUGGAAUGCAAUUACCUGUCUUCUUGUCUUUUGAACCACGUCCAUUUUCUGCCCACGUAGUUCAAAAAGCUUUUAUUAGUUUUUAUGAACUUGACUGGGCUUAAUUGCCUGAUCUGUCGUUAUAAUGCCGUCCAAGUUGUUUAAAAUAGUAUAUUUUUUAUAUAUUCGUCGUCUUUUUCCCUCACACUUUAUCAAUUACAUUUCGUAAUAAAUUAGGAGAAAUCAAGUACAAAGUUGGUUCUUAAGUAUCUUUGAGUUUUAAAACUUUAAAAAUUUAGAAAUUUUCUCGUGAAAUUAAAGAGGAGGACAAAAAUAGCCUCUCUCUGAAUCGCCUCUAGCCUUUGAAGCCUCCACCAGCCACUGGUCAAACUGGCUAUUUCAAGUGCGGGCAUCCAUUUAUUAAUAAACUUGAUCGUCAUAACUAAACCCGCUGUGCUAAGCUCUAUUAGGCCUGAAUUCGAAAAUGAAAACAGAACCUGAUGAUCUUAGGUGCAAUACAAUUCUUUGGGCGCGGUAAAAUUUUCAGCCAAAACAGCCUGAUCGCGAAAUUUUUUAAAAACAGUUAUGACACAUAGCUAUUUUUUUUUUAAUCCCACCUCACGAUUAGUAACUGAAUUCCUUGUAAAUGAAAACAACCUCAGGCAUUUCACGUGGUUUUCCCGAAAUAAUGCCCACCAUCAUCGUCUCAACCUAAGACCCACCUCGAUCUGCAUAGUUCUUCAUAUCAUUACUCAGCUCGUUGCUUUGUACAAAUCAGUGAUGUCAGUGGUCACCACAAACGAGAAAUGGCGUCUUUUGAGAGUACUGUGAGUCAACUCCCUUUAUUGGGGAUAGAGACCCUCAAAUCAAGGAGUUAGUUAAGGAGUUAGUGUGCCUAUUAGGCCGGACAGUUCAUACUAGCACGAUAGCUAGCGUCUAAGUAUGCAAAUUUAUUGGAACACCAACUUGGCGACUGCCGUACUGACCAAUAUGGUCGUCGGGACGUCAUGUAGAAGCACCCUAAAGCAGGAUCCAACAGGAACGUUCUUAUAUUCGAUUAACAGAAAGAAAAAAAAAAUGGACGGUCUGGACGAAAUGAGUAAUGCAGUGAGACUGGAAAUAAGGUAUACAGCGGUUGGGAAGAUGGAAUUUAAAUUCAUUUGAUUAGCGACAGAAAAGUGUUGACCUAACUUAAAAAAGGAACUGGUCACUAGGUUACAAAAACCGUGGAAAUAAGUCAUACGACUGUCUAAGCUUUUAGGGAUGCCGCUAAUUGCCUGUUUUAGCAAGGAUAAGAAUGAUAAAAUUGUGCUGUCGGUGAAUAACAAACAAAUUCCUUAAUAGCAGGGGAUUAUUCACCAUUAAAACGAAUUGGAUGCUGUCCGUAUUAGACUGUCCGCUUGAUAACGAGGCUUCAAAGUUGACUGCAACAGCAGCUGCGUAAAAGAAAAGAUUCAUCUUAUCAAAAGAUCAUAACCAUAGAAAAUUGACUUGCAGGUUGUCCCGUUGAUCGUAGGACUUGUAAAUAUAUAAUCAGUGGGCAAUGAAUGCCAUUUCUGAUUUCUCCAGAUAAACCGCGGUUACGUGGGAAUUACCUAAAACCUGACGGCGAGCAUUAGGCUAUAUGGCGUAAAUUUUUUGCAAGUUGUGCGUCAAAAUAAUUUUCUGAGUUCAUAACAUCCCUGGCAUAAACAGUUUCCGCCACCCCUUUCUGUUUCAUUCAAGGUAAUUAGUUUCAAAUUACAAACUACACCACAGAGUGGAAGUUUUCCGGAUAUAAAUGCUUAACGUUGUUAUUCUGUGACUAGACUGACCAUGAUAAUUGGUUGCAUGGAGCAAAAACAAUUUUCCGUGGAAAAUGUAAUGGCGUUUAAUCUUCUUUCCUUAAUUCUUUUCACGUCAUUUCGAAUUCCCAGACGGUUAUUUAUGGUUUUAGUAUAGCUUUGGGCGAAUUGACGCAAGUCGAUGACUUGAAUUGGGGUCAAAAAUAGCCGGCCAGAAGGCGGCAAAACUCUUAGCCACCCCAAUUUUUUUGCGGCUUAACAGACUGACUUGUUUUAAAUAAAUAUUUUUUCUUCGUGUCCACAAGCUUAUCAAAGACAUAUAGACCGUUUGCAGUUGAUUUGAAUUCAACAUUCAAGAUUGGAAUUAGCCCCGGUGGAAAGAAGUUAAGGUCGACUUUGUUGGCUAAGAAUUAUACAACCUGUAAGAGGUGGGUUACUCUUUUAUCUGCCCCCAAGUUUUGUGUUCUGUUUAACAGCCAGCUCUUAAAACGGUAUUGUCUAGAUCUGCUUGGCUUCUAUAUCGGCACAUAGUGGCAUUUCAUUACUUUGUUUCUGAAAAUUGAUUAAGUCAAGAGCUUCAAGGGUAAUACUUAACCAAGUAAUAACUAGACAUAAUAAAAAUAAUAAAAGUGGUAGUUUCUUCACAAACAAAAUCAAAUUAAAUUACAUACAAUAACGCUUAAUGAAAAAGAGAAGUCUCGCCUCUCUCAUAGUCUGAAUGCUUCACUAUCACAAACCGGAAUUUUUAAAUUUCGUUUCCGCUUUAAAACAAGCACAACCGAUUAUUUUUAAACGAGUAGUUACCCGUUUUUCUGUGUGAGUUCAUACUUUGCCCCAGAGGACAUGAGAUAGGCUCCUAUAAGCGUCGAUUGUUCUUAUGGUCACCUAUUACACAAUGUUUGUGCAGUAUAAAUUCCAUUUAUGCUUAACUGUGAUCCUCGUGCAGCUCACUUUUCUUAUCAUUGCAAUUGUACCUCAUUCUCCGCCCGCUUGGCAUGCCUAUCUGUCCAGUGCAAAGUGUCCCAGCUCGUAAACAUGAGGUGUUCUAGAGUAACAAGGUGUUCUAAGACUCCUCUCUUGCACAGUACCAAUUGAUGGCGCAUUUUUACGUUACCUCCAUACUUGAGGCGCUACCGGUCAUUUCUACGAGGUUGUCCCAACCAUACGAGGCUGGCUGUCUACCUGUUUGCAUGACAAAGGGAAGUUGUCACCUCGACCUCAGUUACUUUAAGUGAGUCAUAAGUUGUUCAUUCAAUUUGUUGCUUACUCAGCUAACCCCUAGGGCGAUACAGUCGACUCUCUCUUAACGGACCCCUCCGUAAAAGAGACACCUAGAGUUGGUUCCUGCCUUUCUUUACUCCCUUUGGAUAAAUUUAGGUUUCAAGGAAACUGCCCGCCUACCCCUCCCCUAACCCAACAUUUUGCCUUAAGAGAGAAGUAGGUGUUAAUGUUGACCUAAGGGAGGGGUAGGUAGGCAGUUUCCCAGAAACCUAAAUUGGUCCCUCCCUUUAAAACAGGCAUCUCUCUAAAACGGUCACUUGGUGCCGGUCAUAAAGAUGUCCUUCUUAGAGAGAGUUGCAUGACUGUAUUACAAACAGCAACUUUAUAAUCUGAAGACCGAAUGUUAAUUAAAAAAAAGUAAGAAGUUCAUUUGCGGAAAAGUACGUUGAUCCUUAACUUACACCAUAUAGGAUAAUUCUGUUAUCAAAACAAUUUUUUGCGGCAAUUUUAAUCCUUAAAAUAACAAGUGGAAAAUAUAUCACAGAGUCUGGUUUAUCCGAUGUGAGAAUCGUCGUAAACUGGCUUCACUAUGUCUCGCCCACGCUGUGCCAUCUCGGAUCACCCGACCACACCCAUGCACUUCUCAGUUGGGUUGUUCGAAAUUGGGUUAUAUAACAGAAACUACUUAGAGUCAAUGAUCUGCGUCUUUUCGUUCAGAGCAUUUUUGUUGUUUACCAAGUAUGUAGGCUUGAUAAUCAGCAGGUUUUAUGGAAAUAAACCCCAAGCACACUUGUUCGUAAGGAAAAGUCACCUGACAACAUCUUCUCUUAAAAACUGCAGAAUAUUCUUAAAGUCAAAUGAAUAUCGAAAUAUAUUCAGGAGUUUUUAAGUUUAGGCAAGUGUUUUUACAAUCUAUCCAGGGCAAAUUGCGUCAAAAAUUUUGACCUAGGUAAAUCAAAAUAUAGUUAAUAACGCUUCUUUCGUACUCUUGAAAUGCCAGCUGUACGUCAAGAUUUCACUGCAUUUUGAAAAAAAGAAAUACUCUUUGAUGGUGUUUUUAUUCUAUUUAAACCUUUUACUCCCAGAGGUUUUUAAAACCAAAAUUUGACGAAAAAAAUCCAUAUUUUUACGUAGCAAACUACUGAGAAACCAAUAUUCCCCAGCCAACCUACUACAAAUGAGGUUUCAUUGAAUGGAAACAUCGAGGGAUUUCUUGACGGAAUUCAAAAUUUGGAGUGACGGAUACUGAAUCUCUCCACUCUAUGUGGUCUAGGAAUGAAAACUUAAGUUUUGGGGUUUCCCUCAAUUUCAAGAGAAUAUUUUACACGUUGCAAAAUAACUGGUGAAAUAUCGUCCAGAGGGCAUUUAAGCCAUAGCCUCUUAGCUGCUUAAUGCUUUUUCCGUAAGGCACACAUGUUAAAGAGUUCCUCAAAAUAUUUGCUGAUUCGUCAUGUGCGUUGUUUCGCCACAGCUAGCUACAGCCUUUCCAGCCUUUAAUACUUUCAUUUGUCGUUGAUCAUUGUUACGCAUCGUUUACGUUGUUGUAUGAACAUUUCAGUUGUUUCGUCAAAACGACCGAAAAUCUCAAGUUAUAGAGACAGAGCAUAGACAACUUUCUCUUUCCAAAUUUCACAUUUUCAAUUAGUGUCUCAUUAAUAUAUUCGCCGCUCUAGCAGAAUGUCUCUCGUGAAAGGCUUACUUAUGAUGCUUCGUGUAGUUUUCUCGAUUAUGGUACGUGUGUCAGUACAUCUCACUCUUUUCAUUGGGCAUAGUUUAACUUCAGUAUACGAGUUGGAGAGUACUGUAGUUCAAUUCCCAUCAUUAUGAAGUGAACAGUAUAAAAUGAUGUCUGGUACUGUCCAGGAUGCUAAAGUGCUGGGCAAGUUGGGUUUAUGUUUUUGUUUUCAAUGUUUUCCCUUCUCUGCGUUGUACUGAUUAUGUAUUAGUUUAAUGAUUGUGUGGGCCUUGCCAACAUCUUUAAUUCUCUCAAAAAUAAGACGUGACGUUGUAAUGUGACGUUAUAAAAAGGGGUCGCCAAAAGGAGAGAAUUGUCCUGCAGUCACUCGAUCACAACCCGAGAAGGAUUUCUGUCUCCACUGGUAAUUUUAUCACGGUCAGGGUUUAUUUUCUAGUGUAAAUCGGCCCUACAUUCAAAGUAGCAAUUAUUGUUUUUGAAUUCUUGCAGAACCAAUAUAAAGGAGAUUACCAUAAAACAUUAAGUGUACUUCAACUGGCGAACGCAUUUAAACUCUAACUUUUCUAUAGCAAAAAACGUCGGAGAUGUUAGGUGUUUAUUGACAUCCAGUCUGGGUGAAAACCUGUUAUUCUGGUAAAUGGCAACAUUUACCCUGAGAGGCAAGGUAGUCGGUAGACUCGGUACAUGAUCAUGCAGUUGUACUGGGUUUGCACGCGAUGUUGACAGUGACGUGAGAAUGCCAAAUAUAUAUAGGCUUUGUGGUCAUGUCUCAAAGCUAACACAUGGUUAGAUUUUACAGGUUUUGGGGGUCUUAUGUGUGGUAAAAUAAACAGGAAACCUAAUAAUACAGAUUCCUUUGGUAAAAAGUGUUCCUCUUUUUCCUACAAAAAACGACUUGGAUUGAGAAUUAUGUGUUUGAAGAACCAAAAAGAAAAGCGCAAUAGCACUUAUCUCUCACAAUGCUUUUGUAGAGGAGGCGGGGGAGGGGGGGGGACGUUCUUUAACUUCGAUUUUCAUUCAUCACUCAAUUGAAGCCUUUACAAUUUGUAAGCAUUUUUUUGAUUUGAACAGAGCAGUGCUCUUAAAUUUCGUAUUAAUUGUUGUUUCUACGACAGCCAAUACGCAUAAAAAAUGGCAAUAUUUAUUAUUGGCAUCUGCCUGACGUCAUCUUAAUUUCAGGUGGAAUUCAUUUAUGUUAAGAGCAGUUUCCUUUCAGUUUCUUAGGAAACAAAGUACAAAACAAAGCAGCGAAAUGGCAAAACCCAAGGGUUUUAUAUGAGUACUUAAAAAACACUCGUUUUAAUUGAAAGUGAAGAAUAACAGAUACAAAAAAUCCUCUAGAAAGCAAUUACAGCGUGUCUCAUUGUUUUUGGUCGUAUGUUUAAAAUAAUCACAGGAAAGAUAAAUUAGCUGCUGGAUAAGUAAAGAACAUUUCAUUUCCAUAAUUUUCCAAUUUCUUUAGUAUUCUAUCACCCUUUAAUUCUCCACUUUUCAAAACAAAUCGAGAGGCCGAAAAUCAACAGUCAUCUUUAGUUGGGCCUGCACUCCAAAGGUUUAAAAUAUAAGGGGAUCUGUCGCAGAUUCCCGACAUUCUCCAUAACUGCUUAAACCUACCAAACACGUACCCCUAACCUAACAUCAAUUGUGUCAGGGGAGGGGUACGUAUAAUUUAUCCCUAAGAUGUCCCAGGUGCAUGCCAAAAAUAAGAAAAGGCAUACAAACAUAACUGGUUUGAAAUGUCUCAUCUAUUUCUCGAGAUGCGAAAAAAUUCUCGAUUUUACUCAACCCAGGCUGCCUUGUUCCGUAACAUUUUAGGAUCCACAUGUUAUUUCAACCCUUUUAGUCCCAAGAGUGACCAACAUCAAUUUUCUUCCAACAAUAUCAGUAUAGUAGUUAACAGAAAAGGUUAUGAGAUUUACUAAAAUGAUCAGCAAAGGGAAAAUGCUUUGAUCUAUUAACAAAAUCUCUCAAAUAGUGUUUCAAGGAAAUGUGUGAAGUUCAGUGUGGAGGGUUCAAGGUUAAUCGCGUUACACGGUCCUAUUGUGCAUGUCUUAGGAACUUCUGUGCUUAACUAAUAACUUUUAAUCCAAUUCAUUGAUCUAACUUGUGUUCCAUGUUGUGUUACUUAUUACAUUAAUAUCAGUUGCCAAAAUGACAUCGAGGAAAUAACUAAUUUCAUUUUUGUAAAAUAACAAACAAUACUUUUUUAAUUGGCAAGAAAGAGGAAUGCUGAAGAGGAUUCAGUUAACUGAUCAAUCCAUAGGAUUUAGUCUGGAGACUCAAAAGUUAGAAUUUCCUGUGUGAAAGGGUUUUAAAAUUCCCAAGGAUAUCAACGGCAGGAGUGUAUCAAACCUGUAAUAUGUUCAUUUUAUCAUUGCUGAAAAAGGGCAGAAUUUUAACUAGCUGGAAAUUCAAUAAAAUUCAACCAAACCAAACUCUUCAAGAUCUAUUCAGUAAAUAAAUGUUUUUCAGCAAAUGGCGGUAACUGGAUAUCGGGUGAACUGGAAAAAGAAUGCAAAGCAUCUUCUUUCAUCAAGAAAUUAUCAAAGAAAUUCACACGCGAUUUCCUUCUUUAGGACAACAGUCACACAACCACCGUCGUCGAAAAUCGCUUUUAAAAUGAUUAUACAUUAUUGGAUUGUAGAUGGUAUUUUAAGUCAAUGCAAAGUUCUUAUAGAAAUUCUUGGCUGGUUGAACUAUGUUGAAAAGAACUGUCAAGCAAGGCAGCCAAGCUGAGGGGCCUUCAGCAAAAUGGUCAAUUUUUCAUUGAAAUUGGCCAAUUAUAGAUUCAGGCUUGGAUAUCAUUACUUUCAAGACAACAUUAUACAAUAAAUUUAAGAACUGUGUGUUUUUAAUAUCGUAUUUUAAGCGUAAUUUUACUAUAAAACAAUUUGCCACAGACUGUUCUCACAGCUGACUUGUUCUUUGAGUUGACUCUGUGUUUCUCUUAAACUCGAUUAUAAAAUGUCCAAUACAAAAUGUAACGUACAAAAAUUUUUGUACUAUUUGAGUUCGGAAUAGGCUAUGAUACCAGACAGUAAAUUCAGUUCCAUCUUGGUGAUUCAUACAUAUUUCCCCCCGCCAUAUUUUCUGCAAAAUAAUGGUCCCUUCAGAGUUAAAAAAAUUGUGGCCUACGUUAUCGCCUUCUGAUGUUACCUAUAAAUAAAGACUGCAUACUUACGAGUGUCACCAUUCCAAUAAAUGAUACAUUUAGAAAUACUUUUCGAAAGUAUAAUUUGUUCAUCAUUUUACAAAAUGACUUUUGGCACUGUUUUUUUUUUUAUUAUAAUUAUUCGUCUGGAGAGUGAUUCCUUUACUAUGAAAUGAAUGAGGUAUAAAAUUACAAGAGAGUCGCAGCUGCUUUGCCUACAUGUCUGGUCAUCUUUGCCAUAGACCCAGGUUAAGAAUUUGUAAAUGUGGCAAAUGCAUAAGUUUCUCCAAUCCUGUCUUUGUGACUUUGGUACAACCAUACAAGUCAAUGUUCGUAAUACUAGUCAAAUUAUCCGCGAUAGAGGCUAAACUGAUGUCUGUAAUUUGCGUACACUGUCCAAUAUUUAACACACGAAGGUCGUGAAGACUUCGUGCCGCUUUGCCGAGACCUUCGUCGGUGAUAUGGCAAGAAUUCAAUCCUAAAUUUUUCAAAUGAUGUAGUCCGUUUGAUAUAUGAUUAAGAGCAGCGUCGCCAACCUUGUCGCAGAAGCUAACAUCCAAACUCAUCAAAUUGAGGCCUCCCACGGCCAAAUGCGCUAUGCCUUCGUCGCCAAUUCCUUCACAAGACCGAAGAUUCAAUUCUCUCAAGCUUCGAAGUGUGGCUAAGUGUGAGAGUCCACUCUCCGUAAUUCCACAGCAAAAGCUCAAAUUGAUCGACUGUAGAUGAACUAGUCCUUUAGCUAUGUUGCUUAGAGCGUUAUCAGUUAUCUUUUGACAGUCUUGUAAACACAAAGUAGUCAAAUUCUUGUUCCCACGGGCCGAACUGGCGUUCAAACCGGCGAGGUGCGCUAUGCCGGUGUCCGAAAUGUGUCGGCAACUUCGAAGAUUUAGAUACUUUAACUUCGGCAGACCCCAAGCACAAAGCAACAGACCUGUGUUAGUUAUAUUACAGCAACCAGCGAGAUCCAGCACUUCUAAAUUGCUUAAAAAGCGAGCGAUCCGUCCAAGACUUGUAUCCGUGAUUUGUUUACACAAACUUAGAUUUAACACUGUCAAAGAGGAAAGAUCUUUGACGAACGCAUGUCCAACGCCGAUGUCCGUGACAUUGUAACAUCCUUUAAGGUUCAAACUCUCGAUAUUUGGCAAGCUUUGUAUAACGUAGCUAAGGCUCUUCUUUAGACUAAGAAUUCGUAUUUUACGAAUACCACGUUUCGCUAAGGAAGGAAACAAAUGCGGAUUUGACCUCCUCAAAUGUAGCCUUGCUUGUACUCCACGCCACACUAAACGACUAUAAGCCGCAUCCCUCCAUUUCGAACAGACCUGGGCGACUCUUCCCUUAUCCCUGAUGUCUAAAUAGCUGAAAAUAAUGGCCAAAAUCUCAGGGAAAAGGCAGUGAAUCGUCGUCUUCCCUUUCAUGUUGUUCGCCUGAGUAUAACAAAGCGCCAUUGGGAGUCGAUCAGGCAUUUCAUUACACUUGGGACCCCUUUGUUCAUUUUGGGCACGUGAUUUUGUCGUCCUCGCUGAUUGGCUUUUGUAAACAAUAGCACUUUUUUCUUAUAAUCAGCGCGCUCAACGCAACACCGAAUCCAUCUCAUACUGGAUCUUCGCUUUACCAAACUUUGUAGCACUGAAAGACAAUUAACAUAUUAAUCUGAAGCAAUUCAGAUUAUCGUUUCUGUUUAUAUUCGAACGGGUCAACCUACCUAAUCUCCAAUAAUUUAACAAGUAAGAAAAAGUUAAAGUUUAUUUUUCCGACUUUCUGAUUGAUUUAAAUUUCUUUACACAAAAUUCAGUUUUUCUUUAUUUCAGCUGUACCUUUCUAUUUUGAAAAAUAUUCUGCGAUAAACUUAACAGCUGUGUAGGAACCGUUCUUUUCUUCGGUCUAAAGCUUUCUUGCACUUGAGCAAGGACAAAUAAUUUUUCCUUUGAUAAAGCUAUAAAUAGACUGUCUGGUUUUUGUGGCGGCAGAAUUAAUUAGCACCACAAAAAACACAAGCUGUGUGUCAUGAAUUUUGUGUCUGAGUUGUCAGGGCAUUAACUCGAGAAUGUCAAUGUAAAAGAAGCCAUAUUUUGUCUCGUACAACUGCGAAUCUUUAGAAAACACCCGGGAGAAAACAGUAGAAAGGUAUAGAAAAUAUCUCGCAAUUUUUAAUAGUAACUCGAAUGUCACUAUUUUCCCCUUGAAUUUACUGGUAGGCGGAGAACUGAAUUGCUAUUUUGAAUUUCUGAAUAUUGAACUUUGUUUCCGUUCUGGAGGCGUACAAAGAAUAAAUAUUUUGAACCCAGUGCCAAAGGGAGAAAAAUGUUUGGAUUUUGUUUCUGAUGAACUGGGCAGUCCUAGAUACGUUUUAAGUUUUCCCGUGCCCGUGUAAAUAAUACAGUUUGUAAUGAAUAUUGUGAAAUGUUUGCUGUAUGUAUUACAAAACCGGGGGGCACUCAACAAACUUUUAUACAGGGAGGCUCCGCCCCGAGGUCCAACCCGGUUCCCCUUACCGGCUUUUACAUACCAUUUUUCACGAAAAAGGUACCUUCUAUUGAAAAAUGGUACCCCUUUCACACACCUUGUUUAGAACCUUGCAUCCCUUUUAACUGCUGUAAAUGCACUAAAUAGAACCAAAUUUUAAACUUAAAACAGUAAACUGAUCCUUUUGGGACAGUACUCAUCGUAAUAUUUUGAUUGGGAAUUUUAAAGAGGUUUUUGCUUGUGUCAGGGGCACCCAACGGCAAUUUUCGGGAAAAUAUCUGUUCGGAAGACGAUUUGAGAACUAGAAUUUUCGGAACAUUUGUUGUAAAAUUUCUGGCUUGCCUGCCUCUCCUAGGAUUUUGGAACACCUACAAAAUGGUUUAAAAACGGAUACUUACCCCAAAAAAGGUUUUUCGAAAAGGUAAGUUUUGAUCCUUGGAUCACUAGACUUUCAGCUAGGAAAUCCGAACAGAUGAAAAGUUUUUAGGGGAUAAAAAAUGGGAAAUACUAAAAUACGUUCAACAAUGCUUCUUAUCCUCGUUGGGGCCGACACCGACACCGGGUAACCAUAGAUUAAAAAGGAGACCAUUCUCCAGAAAGAAUAGAACACAAUAGAAUAAUUCUUUAUUUAAACACGGUAAAAUUCAUCACGAGUAGAAAUAAACCUAACUACCCUAAAUAAUAUGCAAAUCUGUCUACAACUAACCUAACUAAGACCUGUUUUUCAUGAAUGCCGUGUACACAGUAUUUUAAAAAUCAGAUAUUUAGAAGAGCCAAUCGUUUAAAUUGACUUAACAACACAGUAUGCCGGCAUUACGGUAUUUGUUGUUGUUUUGUAUCUAGUGAUUUCUUCAUUUCUUUAUGCAGUGCUCUAGCAAGGGUAGAUUUAUUGGGGGGGGGGGGGCAAUCACGAGCUCCAAAGGCGCGAGCUGCUACGGGGGUCCUGAGGCAUGCUCCCCUAAAGUUUUUGAAAUGUAGGGUUUCUGAAAUAGCAUUUUCAGCCUCCCGAGAGCAUUAAUCUCCCGCAAUUUUUAAGUGACUAAAAUCACUGAAGCCAUAAAUAAAUCAUUUUCACGCUUUAUCGAACCGAAAUGAACAUGUUGUUAUUGGGGGGCCCAGCCCCCCCCCCCCUCCUCAUACUACAGCACUGCUCUAUGUAUGAAAAUAUUGGCUUCCGUCAUGAACACCCUAAGCGAGACCAUCUGCAAUUCCUACCCCUUUGAGCGAGACGACGAGCAUCAGGGUCGUUUUCAUGAUAUGGGAAUGCUCCGGUUGGUCCCCCCGCCCGCGAAAGAAAGAGCUGUUUAUAUUAGCGGAAGUUGUAACAAAAUCCCGUUGCAAAAUUUAAAUUCCAUUGGAUCACGUCCAGUAGUCUGUCUGCCUAUUGAAUGAAAGAGUCAAAGCCAUUCUAGUGUCUGGGUUUUUAACUUUCAUUUGCUUUUUUGCUACUGUCGUUUGCCAUUCGGGGCUACAUUUAUAGGUCGUUGCACACCAUUAUUCACGACGAACGAACGUAGGUUAGGAAGAAGAAAGUCCUUAUAUGAAUGAAUAAAUGCUGAAUAAACGAACGAACGAGCGAACGAACGAACGAACGAACGAACGAAUGAAUGAAUGAAUGAAUGAAUGAAUGAAUGAAUGAAUGAAUGAAUGAAUGAAUGAAUGAAUGAAUGAAUGAAUGAAUGAAUGAAUGAAUGAAUGAAUGAAUGAGUAACUGAACGAAUGAAUGACCGAAAGAUUGAAAGAGCGAACGAACUGAUCGAGCGAAGAAAAGAACAGAAAUGGUUCUGCCUUUUUAAAAUGUAGUACUCAUGUAACUAAUAAUUUUCCUUAAUACUCGAUGUACGUGUGAACGCUAUGUAAUGCAAAUACUAGCAGUUCAAACGGCAAGUUAUUAAGUAAAUGUAAAUGAAGUCAAUGUCUAGUUUGUUAUUGAUCAAAAUGAUUCCAUGUUUUUUUCUUUAAAUGCAUCGAGAUCAUCAAAUUUUCAUGUUAUAAUGGAAAAACAAAUAGAUUGUAGGUCACACAAUCGAUUGGUGCCAUGCGUCUGUCAACUCUAUACCUAAAGCAGUGAAAUCUCGGUUUCUAAAAUGCUAAGGAACAAACAGUAGUGUGCGAGAUUUCUGUCAAAGGUCCCCUUAAAAAGGAGCUGUCCACACUUGGUGCUCGAGAACCAGUGUCUGGGUACCGGCACAAAAUGGUGUUGUCUUUACACUUUGAGUACCCGAUAUGUGACUGUGUACAUAGUCAUGCGGGUACUUGAAAAAAGGGUGUGUUCACAUUGGUGCCCAGCGAGUACCGUACUCGGGCACCGUGCCCAGGCACCAAAUGUGAACGCUGCCUAACAUUAUAGGAUUUCGUGCACAGCUUAAAAAAUUAGAGUGACAAUUAUGACAAAUAGUCUUACCACAGGAGUACUUUAUAGAAGUGAAAUACAGUCAACCCCGUUAAUACGGCAUAGAAUAUGAAUGUGGUCAUAGGGAGUGAUCGUAUUAACGGGGUGUCCGUGUUAAGCGGGUUGAAUUUAAAGAAGUGUAAAGGUUUUCUUUCCUCAUGGACAAAGCAAACUGUCCGUAGUAAAUAGUAACGAGGUUUCGGUAUUAAGCGAGUGUCCGUAAAACGAAGUUUGACUGUAGUCAAAACGAACAUAGUAGCUCAUAGCUGACUGACGCUGACGAACACGAUAAGAAAAAGAGCCAUGUGCCUGCGCCUUGGGGUCAGCGGAUCUCUCUAUAUAUGAGGCUUGAGGGAUUCAAUUUGAAGUUUCAGUUGCAUCUUUGUGACCAAAUGAAAUAGAGAAUUGUUCGUAAAAUAAUGAAGUGGAUAACUCGCAAGGUCGGAUUUCAGUUGUCGCCUAAAAGAUAUCACUUCAGUUGUUUUUGUUGUUGUUGCUAAAAAGUGUGUAAUUCGUCACUUCAGAAAUUAAAGGAGAAGGGAUCUGGAAAACCCAUAAUUGUUUCUGGUAUCUUUACUAGGGACGCGCCAGUUAGCAUUGGUCAAUGUUUUUCCUUGACCUUAUUAAGAGUCCCAUAAGUCUUUGCGAAAGUUAACUCGCCCCAGUUUCCCUCUCGCUUCUGAAGUGACGAAUUUGCAACACAACACCUACCACAAGUGUAACCUCAAAAGAGUCAAUCAUUCAACACAUAAAAACAUCAAACUUCUUCUAGGAUCAAACCGUUGAGUCAUGUGUAGGGCAUGUACUCAUUUGACCAAGCGUGAAGGGGCAUGAAUACCUUCAUUUGGGAAAACGUUUGCACUAAAAGUUAUCGCGUUAAGAUUAAGUUGAUUGAUAAAAUUAAAUUUCAAGUAAGAAACAGAUUUUAACACUUUAGAAUUGUUACCAAUAAGUUUUCGGUCUACUGCAGCAUAAUUAACUGAUAUAUGAUAAAGGUUGUUGUAUUUACUGUUUAGAUCUUUGAAUGGUCACAUACCCCCCGGGGGGUACUCAACAAAUUGUUACACGGGAAGGCUCCGCCCCGAGGUCCAACCACUUACCUUUUCAUAUCACUGUACCAUUUUUCACGAAAAAGGUACCCCUUUCGUAUACCUUCUAUUGACAAAUGGCACCCUUUUCAAUCACGUACCUCUUUCAGAACUUUGCACCCCUUUCAACUGCUGUAAAAUAGAACGUUUUCCCGACUUUGUAAAGCCAUAAAAUUCAUCUGUUAGUCCUUUUGGGCCCUUUUACAGACCCAAAUGACAGAUUUCCCUACCCUUUCAUAUACUUCAACGAGUAAAAUCCCUGCCAUUUCAUAUACCUGAAGCCUGAAAAAGGUACCCCUUUCGGCUGGAGCCUCCUCGGAUAGGUCAUUAUAGAGAGUACCGCCCCGGGGCACAUACCCCAACCCACCUGGCUCAUUUUAGUGGGCAAACUUGUAAAAUUAUAACGCUUGCAAAUUACGUUUGUUCGAUGAUCGAACAGAUCAUGUGAUGAGGUAAAGAAGAUUUAGUGAGGCUUAGGGAAAUGUUUUGUAAAUUACAAACAAAUGUACUGCAGUUUUCAAGUACACGUGCAGCUUUGAUGUUUUCAGAAAUUUGAGGAUACUAGCUGAUGUUUUGAUAGGCCAGGUAUGGUUUUUUCUUGACAAACUGAUAACAAAUUGAUUUUUAUAGACCAACUGUGGCUCUGUUAGAAUUUUAAAAGGGAAAUUCUAUAUCAGUCCAUCACUGAAUCAUAUAGUCAGGAGUAAUCGGCUCCUGUAUAGUUUCCUUUGCUCCGGUGAGGAAGCGGGGAAGCUGGGGGCGCGUGGUGGGUGUGGAUAUUAAGGCUUCCGUAUGGAGAGACGCUGGAGUUUUGUCAUUGAAAAAUUACUUUUAUCUCCUUAAGGUGACCAGUGUGAGUGAAGCAAAGGCCUUAUUUGACCCCUAAAAGAGAUUUUACUAUAACAUAGGCACCCAAUUGUCAUAAUCCUCAACGGCCACCUUUGGAAGAGAAGAAAGUGGCCGUUGUAGAGAGGCUUUUAAAAGAAUCGAUAUAUGGACUGUUGGCCGUUACAGGAGGUUCGACUGUGUGGCUAAAUUGCUCGAACGUUGUUGAAAUUGCUCGUUGUCUUCAACACAGUAUGACCGCAUUUAAUUUCCUUUUACUGUGAAUAAAAAUAUUAAGAAAUUAACCCGCCAUUAUUUUAAACUCUGUUACAAUUUCAUUAAAAAACAAAAACCCUAACUGAUAUUUGUGUAGGUAAAAAUGUUAGUUUUGCGUACGAUAGCCCGAAGUGAGAUCAAAAUGUACAAUUUUUCACCCCUAAGCUACCGGCCCUAAGCGAGACGGCAAUCGCGCAUCUUCGUCUAUCAUGGGAGUACCCUUCUCUCGGAUCCUUGUGUGAUUGAAUGAAGAAAGCGAAUGGACAUAAUAUCUUACGUAAUUGCUAAUGUUGUAUUUUUUAAGCUUAAAACGCCAGAAAUAAAUGAAUGGCUAACCGCAUGAUGAUGUACAACUUGUUAAAACGCCGCUUUAUCCUUUUCGCUGAUGAUAAAAAGUGAAGUUUUUACCGAAGAAAAAGAGCGAAAGACCUCAAUAAAUCAAAGUUUGUUUAAUUAUGUUUCGAUAAACAACCUCGGAGACUUGAUCUAUUUCAUAUUGUAGGAUAACUCCAUCUGGAACUGACAUGUUUUGCAACAGCAAAAUUCAAUUUUCAAAAUUGUUGGGAAUUCACCCUGAGGAAAACUAUAUGACAACUGAUAACCUAUUUGUCGGCCGCACACGCAUAUCUUUAUAUAUCAAAUGACAUUUGCCUUAAAGAAUCAAAAUAAUGAAAAACGCUUUGUUUCAGUCAAAUUCUUGCAAAGGAGAAGUUCUUACUGUUAAGGGAUAAAAAAAGUUGCUCAUGUAUGUCACUGCCUUCUUCAUGCCCACUUUCCACAUGUUUGACAUCUUUCCGUUGCUUUCGAUUUUUUCGUACUAUUUCCUUGUGCUUUUUUUAUCAACAUGAAUUCCUUGUAUCAACCCUACAAACAUUUCUCUCUCCACUUCCAUUAUUAAUCCCAUAUGUCUAUAGGAUAUUUUUUCGGCCAGUUUCACGCAACAUUUUAACCAAACUAUAUUGAGACACAUGCACGAUAUCGAUUUUGCUGAAAACGCAGCACUUUUCUUGCUUUUUUGCACAAAUUAGUGUCAUCUCGGUUUCAGGAAUAUUUCAAGUCUUUCUACAAAUUUGACAGUUAUUUAGAGCCGAUAUGGCUAUCCCGUAGUUAUACAAUUUUCCUGGGCAAAGUUGCGAGUAAAUGGAACCGCACUGAUUUUCAAGAUGGAAGACCUGUCAACUUGUGCGUUAGUCCAACGUCUCAGUCAAGAUCUGGUAUCUUCGCUUAUUACUACCGUAUUUUUCAUAAGUUGACCGAAUCUGCGAAUAAGUAGACUAUUUUUGAAAACCAUGUUUAUCAUUUCGGCGUUGAAUAGUGAGUGUUGAUCUUCACUCGGCUCAUUUUUGAAGAUACCCCUUUUUCCGUUGCCACAAAGAGUUGUCAGAACAGAACAAGUUACGGUGACGUUGAUUCGAAGACCCUUUGCGUGAUAAUUUUUCUAACCAACAGGGCGUACACAUACACACACACAACAACAACAACAAUCUUUAAUUGUACUCACUCUCUUGCUCAACAAUAAGUUAAGACAAUGCAAAUAUUAAUAGUAAAAUUAGAGUACUGGCUGCCUGGAAUAACCAUAGGGGCUAGCUGAGUCAGACAGCCAGUUGACAUCAGUAUUAAAUAGAAAUAAAUCACAGGUCAGGUUCACAAAAUACCGAGACAAAGACACAACACAACAAUAACAACAACAACAACAACAUUAAAAGAUAGAUUAAAAUUGUCCUUUUAAAGCAAUCUUGUGAUAAAUGUUUUAAUAACCUGUCAGUUAUAAGUUACACUGCUUGUAGUCCGGCUUUUCUUUUAAAAUCCGUUCAAAUCUUAUCCCAUCCAGCGCAACUGCAAAUAACAACGUCACAAUCAGGGAUUAGGACGAGAGGAGAAAAGACGGAUUGUGGACUCUUAGGGGUGAAACAAACCCUCUGUCAGCAAAGAAAAAUAAGAGACUGCUCGCAAUCUUGAAAUACGUCGGUGGAAUUAACUUUACAGUUACACUUAAUCGAAAAGAACGACAAACUCUUGGGCCUCAUGGAGAACCUUCCUUGUGACUGAAACAAUACAAAAAUGAACAACUUCAAACAAAACGAAACAUAUAUCAUCGCACUCUAGUCCUGCUUUUUUUUUAUCUGAACUCUUCAGUUUGCAAUCUAAAUACUGCAAACAUUGAAUCUUAAAUCCGAAGAACUUCUUUAAGAUUUAACCAGUAUGAUUGCUGAUUUUUCACAAGAGACUCGUGAGGCAUUCCUGGGAUGCAAGUUAUUGGUGGCACGUUGGAAAAAAUGCAACUCUCUUGGAAAAAAUGCAACCCUUCUUCCUUUCCAGAUUGUGCAAAAUCGUGAUGAAAUUAGUCUUUGUCUGCCGCCGGUCUGCAAUUCCUAAAUUGAUUAGAAUGCGUCAUUGAGCAUAACUGUUUGUAGCAGUCUAUUUUAUUUACGACUAGCUGAGGCUAACAAAAAUUCUUGCCAUAAUUUCGUCAUAUAUUAUAAGCAAGUACCUUUUCUUUAUACGAGCAUAUAAAUAGGUAGAACUUAACUUAACCCUUCAUGAGAGGGUAUCCGUAAGACUUACUAGAGAGAUUUUUCCUUCGGAGAUAAAAUCUUCAUUUUCCAUUCUUUUCCAAAUCGUCAUCGGUUGCUACGGCUGUUGCUAUAGACAAUAGUAAAUAGUUACAGGCCAUGCACAGAAUACUUUUCUGCAAAAAGAAAUAGAAUAUUUUUUAUGCGCCCAAUGUUGCAAAAAUAUAUCUGUGGGUUUUUCUGAUAAUUGCACCAAGUUGUUUCACACUUUUGCCCAUACUGCAAGCAACCUUACACAUAAUGUGAUUCUACUAAUAAUCUAUAUAUCCUUUAUUUAAGGGGUUUUCUAUUUGGUAUCAUCUACGUACACCUACUGAAUUGUUACUCUUUCCGGAAUUCUAAACUUUGAAAGACAGUACUUCAGUCUUAUUCUACUCAUUCAUCAAAUAUCUCUUGACCUUUAACUCAAACGUUAAGGGUUCGUAAACAUACUUUAAGGAGGUUAUUAGGAUUAACGAUUGUAUUUAAAACAGAUUGAUCAUUAUGCUGUAAUACUUUCGUGCGCCAUAAAAGGAAAAAAUGGCAAUUAUGAUCUCAUGUCGAAGCGGAAUUUGAAUUAGUCAGGCGUCGAAAUGAAAUAAGAUGUAACGUGGCACUUGGUGAAACUCAAAAUGUUAAAGAAAUUUGACAUUUUUUUUCGGAAAAAAAAAUCCAUGAAAGCAAAUAGCACCCUAGGGAAAUCCCAGUAGGAUUUCGUGUGCAGAAAGUUCGAAUAUAGAAAAACGAACGAAUUAAACAAAUUUUAUGUAUCAAUUUUGAUCAAUGUGCAAACACCGCAGAUUUUACCACAGACUCAAAAGUUAAAAAUGUCAUACAUUAGGUUUUGGUGCGAAGACUCAGAUUUUGGAACCAUGCUUAUUUGUACCUUUUGUGUCUUCACAGUAAGAGUGAAAAGGUUAAAUAUAUAUUAAGUGUUAAAUUGUAGUGGACAAUUUGUAGGUUAUCAAUUUUACGUUGGUACCGCCAGCAGAACGAUGAGGAGUCUGUGUGAGGCCAGUGUCGGUGAAUGAAGCUGAAUGACAAGCCCAUGUCAUGAGUUUCAAACGUGUCGGUCAAUUAAAUUGUGAUAACAGUUGGAAAAAAGGCAAGUUCGAAAAAUGCCCCGCACACGAAGUCCUGAGUCAAUUUUUGAGAACUGCAGAAGGAUAGAAAUAGAGACUCAAAAGUUUGAAAGCUUCUAGAAAAUAUAUAACGAAGGGGAUCGAGACUGUUUGUAGUAAACGGUUGGAUGGAAGAAAAACUUUUCAAAGUCAAAUAUUUAGUCUUUUCUCUCGAAACAUUCAUCUUUUAAGUACUGACUGGAAAUUUAUAGUUAUUACACAAAUGGAAAUUUGACGAUAAUGCCUUUUUAGAAUCUAACGUCGUUUUUAACUGUCGUCUGUCCAUGACUUUUAAGUAAAAACAAAUAAACAAAAAAAACAGCAGCGGCUGAUGUAGCUGAGAAUUUAGCACUGAAAUAUUCUCUGGAGAAAUAUAGUUUUACUGGGACUAGAGUUUCGUUUUCAUUAGUGCAUGUUUAAAAUUCCCUUAACUCUUACUACUCAUUUUACUAGCCUAAGUUAGGUAGGGCUUGAUUGGUCGGUAAAAUAUUACAGUUGCUAAUCUGCAAAGUGGAAGCAGACAAGUUAACAUGAUGAAAGUGGCCACACGUAGCUGAGGGUGAUCCUAAUCAUAGAAAAUUCUGCGUUUCCGUUCGGAAUGAAACCGUUAUACCACCUUUGUUGGAUAGCCCCCGGCCGCGGCCAAAGAAUUUUUUACAAGCACUUAUGUAGAGCAAAAAUGCCGCAAAAUAAUUAUUAGAAAGUUCAGGAAGUAUGCAUGGCCUUUUUCUUCAGUCCGGGUGGUUAACUCUUUUUUCCAUUCAUGGGUUAUGGUGAACUUUGGAGACAGACUUCAAAUCAUCCACUUGACCUUAGCACUUUCUUAGCACUGUCAUAAAAAUUUGUCAGAGAUAAGGAUGUCCCCUUUAGUUGGACAUCGAGAAAAGUACUGUUUGCUAGCAAAUACGUGAAUACCAUUUGGAGUUUUGAAAACGGGUGGCAAGAAAUGACUAUUUUCUCCGCAAAACUGGAUAACUUGACUGUGAUCAAGGUGAUUAAAUCCGUCUGUUUUUCCUAGGAGCAUAAGCAUGCUCAAGAUAAGUAAAUUUAGCUUCAACCUUUUUUACUUUGGGAUCGUAUGUCAGCCAUAUUUGGAGAAGGCGCAAUUUAAAAUCAAAACAGACUUGACAACUGCUUCAUGAUGGUCGUUUAAGAUUUGCGUGCCCGCACGAUCUCUGAUUUCUCGGAUUCCACGUGGCCUAAGCAGCUGUGAAUGGUGAUCGAUGAUCAACUACAACUACAUGCAAAGCACUGGUUUGAAGAUUCGGCUUUCAUCGUUUCCUAUUAUCUGACAAUAGCCCCAAACCUUCAGAGAAUGUCCGACGAAUCCUUCACCGCCUUGCCAUAGUGACAAGUAUGGUAUGACUGAAUGGCCCUUGUUUUCCGUGCACCAAGAGCAAGAGAAGAUAUCUAAUCCGAUAACUCCCAUAAACUAAUUCAUAUCAUCCAAACUUAAGCGAACCCUUUCUUCCGCUCAAGAGCUGUAAUCAGCAUCCACUCGAACGUUAAUGAAGCCGACAGUAUAGAUGAUUUCAACCGUCAAUACAUGUUCGUGACCAACUAUUUGGUGACACUGAGUGAUAUUUGCUUUCAUGCCAAAACGUUUAGGCUUAUUUCCAACACUAUUAGACAAAACUGCGUUUUAAUUGAAGCAUUCAAUAAUAAAAUAUAGACACCUACAUUUAUACUCUCUCGGUGAUCGUCUGUCGAGGUUCUGAAGUAGAGUUUUUUGGAGCAAUUCACUUAGUUAGAGUGGCAUGUGCCCACGUCAUAUUUGCUCAAUAUUAUCGUGCAUCAUCAGAAACUCAAAUAAAAGGUAUAGGUCAUUGAAAUCCAAGCCUGUUAUGUGCUGACAUAAAGAAAUCCUGACUAGGUCAUCCUUAAAGGAGAAAUAUUUCCGGUUUAAUAAAGCCCUCCGGGCGUUAGUCAACACAGUUUUCAUUGGAAACCUCGACAGAAGGAGCUGCUUUAAGGCGCGCUUAGUAUGUUCAACUCAGCACAUCUGUAAUCAAUAAGUUCGGCAAAUUUGUAAUUUACUAAGUCAUAGUUGCAGCCAAUCAGGAUGCAUAAAAUGGUAUUUUAAGCAGCUCCCGUCAGCCUAUUUUAGGGCUCAAUGCAUGUGCUAAAGAGAUUAGUUGAAUUGAAUGCGUCAAAGCAAUCAAAGUGAGGACCAUUCUUGACUUUUGUCUAUCUGAAUCAUCCCUGAACAGAAAGUCUUCGCCGAAUUCAUGAUGAGGGUGAGACGGAAGGCUCGCCGAGUUCCCCUUCUACUAAUCUUCAUGACGCUUACGUCCUACUUCCAAGCCGGACAGAGUGUUUGGUAAGCAUAUUCAGUGAACGACUCUCUUCUUCCCAAUUUGUUUGUAUUUGGGUUGGCGUUUUCCUUCCUUAACAAGGUCCUGUUUUUGUGUUUUGCCAGACCAUCUGGAAGAAAUGAAAUGUAGUUCUGUCAAUUAUAGGUUUUAGUGUAAUGUUUACUCACUAGAAAUUCUGCUUGGGGAAUUCGUUUAAUUUCGGAUUAUGGCAAUGCUUUUAGUAGGAACUGAAGUGACGUUUAUAUUGUCGAAUUAACUACAUUUCCUUGUCAUAACGUUUCUCUGCUUUUAAAACACUGCUUUUUCCAGCUUCGUCCUUGGUUGCGAAAGCGUUAAUGAUUUUAUAAUUUCUUCAGAGGCGAUUACUUGCAAAUUACUUAACCAAACAUUUCGAUCCUCUUGGUCUUCUCUAAACAGGUCCCUUGGUAUUGCCAACCAGGCGUCCUUCCUUGGCUCAAUUCAACACUAUUGCUAUGCUAUGGGCUUGAAUGACGAACAGGCGGAACUGUGCUUGGAAAAUCGAGAGCUCAUUGUUGGCGUUAGAUAUGGCGCUAGACUCGCCCAAAAGCAAUGCGAGUACCAGUUUCAAUACCGUCGAUGGAACUGCUCUAUCCCAGAAAGAGAUAGGAACUCCUUAUUUCAUAGGAUAACAGGAACAGGUUAGGAUUUCUUAGAAUAAAUUUCCUUGUAUUUUAUAAACUGCAAUUCAUAUUUCCAGUCUUUUUUAAACGCAUCUGCUAUCGUGAUUUUGUGGUGUUUGUUUUGUGUAAGAAACAUUUAUUAAUUAAAACGCGGUGCCCUUGUUACCGAUCGGCAUAAAUCACACCACGAAAUUACGCCAUGAGGUGAACUAAUUGGGUAUCUUUAUCUCCCUUUGUAUUUUAUCCAAUUGAAACAUUUUUCGCAGCCCGAUCGAGGAACCUGCAGUUGCCCUGCUGAAGAAGCUUUCAAUUUUAGUACUUGGUACGUAGUCGUUGCAGCUGGGAUAUCCGGUCGCUUUCUCUUCAAAAGUAAACGGGCAAAUUAGUCAUUCCUAAGUUGCCGUUUCCGCAAGCCAGGAGGAGUAAUGAUACAAUCAGAUUUUUUUAUGCCUGGCCUCGAUAAACUUGCCAUUUCUUUAUCGCCGGCAACCAUUGUUGUGGUUCUGUUUGUCCGUCACAGUAAUUCCCUCGCUCUCAACUCUCGAGUGAAUCGUUUCCCCAGAUGACAUAAUGUCACGAGCUAAACCGGCACCGAACUAUUGCAGCUCUUCACUCUGAGAAUUUUGUUGAUUGGAAUGUACAAUCAAAAUAUUCAGAAUCGAGUCGAGUGGAAUUAUAAAUACACAGUUACAAUUACAUUGACAAACACCAUACAUACCAUUGACAAGAAAAUCAUUUGCUAUUUUACAGGGGUUUUCCACGCUGUCUUGUUAAAAGCCCCUUUGCCCUUGAAAUAUUUGACUCCUUUACGGCUGUCUAAGAAUAAGCGACUCGAUUAGCGCUUUCUCCACAGGAACACGUCAGCCUGAUUUAGCACACCUUAAUAGACGGGAUUAUAAUGUUCUCUACGUCAAGUGUAUCUCUCGAAUCUGUCGGUUGCUCUCCUCUUGAUCUCUACGUUAUCGUGUUGGAGAGCCCCUAAUUAGGGCGAGUGUUGAACAGAAAAUGUUUCUAACGUCUUGGUUUAAAACGGUAACAAAGAGUGUCCAAAGCGUUUUGUGAAUGUGACCGUUCUUCUUUCCUUUUUCCUGUGGUAUUGUAGCAUUCACAGGGACUAACUACUUUUAAUGAAAUAAUAUCGGUUUGCCUCUUUACACCUACAGAAAGUCCUGCGAACCUCAGUGAUAAUGAAGAUUUCGUCUAAGUAGGGAUUAUAAGUAUUACGCGAGGUUGAGCCAAAUGAACUGUGAAAUAUAAACAUAUACGAAAUCUUUAUUGACCUACUGUAAACCACUAAUUUUAGGCGCGUGUGGCUUAUCUUGAAAAGAGCGUAUGGCUAAGAUAGACUUUAUUUACUUUUCGAUUUAAUUCUCUUUAAGAAAUCGUUUUUGUUCACCUGUGUUAUUAUCUUUUACAACGGGUUCCCCUAAAGUGUUGAAUCAUUUUUUUUCUGGUGUUCCUGUUCACUGAGUUUUUGCGAUGGAAGAAGACCUUUUCGUCCCCUUUUUUUCUAACUACUACAAUGACAAGAUGUUCAUACCAGUCUCUCUAUGUAAACCUGAAAUGUAAUGGCAAAAUAUGACUAUUUGAGCCACUAGAAAUUUUUUGCACCCGUCAAAUUCUGAUGUGACUCUCUCUGGAUACGGACGACAAGAAUAAAAGUGUUAAUCGAAGAAAUGGAACUCUAGACCUGCUAAUGAAAGUUGAGCUGAAUUUUUUAAUUUCAAUUAGUGCUGUGUUUUUUUUCUUGUCAUUUUUCGAAAUGCCCUAUAGGUGUUUGCCUUUUGACCAAUGCCUUUUGACCGCGCGUUUGAUCACAUGAUGACGGCUUGUGCACGCGCGACUCGAUUUUGGAAUCACGAUGGACUAGUGCAAUUGUGGCAAAGAAUUCCAGAAAAUACCAUGGCUUUGUUUGUCCUAAAUUUUUAAGCAUUGUGAUUUCUCUAUUUAAAAUGGCCCCAGAGAAACUGGGUAAUUACAAAAUUUGGGGUGACAAACAACUCUUGAUUUUAUUUAAAUUACCCAACUUUAAUUUACGAACAUCAGCUAAAUUCCAGGCCGAAAAAUGAAUUGCAGAGGUUUGACGGAUGUAAACUCCUGCUAUUAUGGACUCUCGCUCAUGAGGACUCUAACUCAAGGUCCCUACAGUGUCCGCGAUAAAGGUGUAGUUGACUGCAUAGUACAUCAAAAUGAAUGAAUGGAAAUUAAUGAACUUUAACCUCAUUCCCUGAGAGAAGCUAAUCAAAAAUGCAGUUCAUGUGCAUCUCCUGUUGGCACUUUUCCUUGUUUUUGUUAUUUUUUAUGGUCACUCCUCUGCGACGAAAGCAAAACCAGUAUAUUCGUUUGAUACUUGAAAAGGAUUCCCCAGUUAUAUACUGCUUCGGUAUUUGACGAUGGACAAAAAUAUCUGUAGAAGAAAUAUUACCAGAAAUGAAUGCACAAAAGUGAACUGAAAAAGCUAAUGCAUGCUCAAAGUGAUCUAUCCGUUCCAAAAUUGAAGCAUUUUAAGAUGGUAACAUCGAAAGCUACUGACUUUUGUUUCUUUGUCCCAUGUCUUUCGCAUCUUUUCUUGGUGUUGAGAAACCCGUUUAAAACACGGUGGAGGUAGGGUGUGGUACCACAAGGUUCCCAUUGAGUUGGUUGACCCUUUACUCGGAGUCGGCCGACAUCCAAAUUUGAGAACGACACCAAAUUUUAAUACCGUACAAAAGUCAAGUCAAAGAUAUUUUAUUUGAAUGGUCAAGAGUUAAAACAAUAACAUACCCAACUUUAUUAUUGUUUAAUGCCGGUGCAAUGCAAUUGUUUCUCAUGACUGAAUGUUCGUCGCCGAGCAAACGUACUAUGACCAACCCACGAGGUUACAUUGAGGACAAUUUUUCCUGUUAUUUUAUUCUAGGAACCCGUGAAUCUGCUUUUACGUACGCCAUAUCAACCGCAGGAGUUGCUUAUUACAUAGCCCGACAGUGUGCAAUCCAUGGAGAUCUCAAGUCAUGUGGGUGUAGCCGUGAAAGGAGACCAAAAGAAGUUGACAAAAUGGCCAAGGAAGAAGAGGGAGUCCAAUUUGAUUGGGGCGGAUGCGGAGACAAUAUUCAAUUUGGUACUAGUUACGCAAAGCAAUUUCUGAAUGCAGGCGAAGGGGGCGGUCAAGAACACAGAGACAUGCGUGACCAGGAACGUGCACGGAUGAACAAACAUAAUAAUGAAGUAGGAGUACAGGUAGGAAGUAACUUAUAAAAGCUUUGCCUAGAGACCAUCUGUCAUGUUUUGUAUGGGUUAAGUCGACUGACAGAGGAAAAAACCAUUCUUUAUGUAUAGUCCAGCACCGGAUCCAGACCUUGAGAUAAGGGCGGGAGAGGAGGGUGGGGGUCCAGAAAAUGUUUUCGGCCUUCCAGGCCUUAGUUUGGUCUAAAAAUGUGGGGGGCCCCGGCCCCCCGGGCCCCUCCCCUGGAUGCGCCACUGAGUGACAUAUUAGUCAUAUUAGCUGAGUGACUUCUGAUGAAGGCAUUCAAAGUGUAAUAAUGUUUCGCGCCUUUUCUCUAGUUCUAAUGCUACCUCAAUUUCAAACUACCUCCUCUAAUAAACUGAGUGCCAAUUUAGUCGUGCUGAUACGGUAGUCCAAAGGUUAAGCAGCUCUUUACAAGUCGCUUAUCCGUACAAGUCGGGUUUUUACAAGUCGUCAUACACUCGUAUGACGUCUCCAUUUGAUUUUGUAGGAAACUAGAGUGAAACACAGUUCUCGCGUUGGCGAUAUUUUCUUCUUACCAUUAGUGUCAAGCCUUUUAGUUCAAGAGUCUUCUAUAAAAACAACAUUUUCAAUUUUCUUUAAAAGUAAAUGUUUAUGUAACCAUUUUUUGUAAUGAGAACUCUCUCGCAUGUGACCUCUUAAAGUAAAGAGUUGACGCCUCCUUCAACUUUAUCUUGAUAACUUUUUGUUAAGUGGCUGAAAAGGAUGCAACAUUUUCAUAUUUUCAGUCCUUUGGGUAGGCAAAGUCAGAGCGGCUGCAGAUUUCAUCGCAGAGCUAUCUAGAAAACCACAAAAUAAAAAUAUUUCUAGCAUCGAAAAUGUAAAAAUAGAGUAACCAUAGACCGGAUAUUUCGUUGAAAAUCAUCUAGGGAGACACUCAAUUUCCGCCGCUCUUUGCACACUGAUAUUUUGGACAUCCGAGAUUCAACUGGCAUUUUACGGACAAUUCUGUAAGGCGUUUUAAUCAGUAAUCAUCUUUAGAACUUGUAAAUGUUAUUUUAGUAUUGACAAGCUACACUUCAUAUUAAAUUGGAAGUCAUUAAUUCUAAAUCGGGACAUAUUUCUCACUUCUUAGUGAGACAUCACAGUCUCCGUUUCUUAGAGGAAUGGGAUGGGCACACACACCCCGGUACGCAGCUGGUGGUCGUCGUAGCUUUAAAAAGCUCCGUCUCAUUUUGUUCUUAAAUUCUCCCAGUAAAAGUGAGAAUGUGUUGAAAUGAAGGAAUAGCUAUUUGAUCAUCACUUUAUGAAACAAAUAUUGUGUGUUUAAUGUUUUGUAAGUUAGUAGCUCUUCUGAAAAGAAAGGAUAAAACGCUUUGCAAUGUCUUAAUUUUCAGGUUUACAGGAUAAAUCACGCCCAAAUUUUGCCGCAAUCGACUUAUGGGCAAAUAUUUUCGUUGCAAUAUGCUUUCAAUUAACAAAUAAAUUAAUUGGCAAUACUCUUAGUUGACAAGACUUUCCUGCCCGUUUUAACAUUAAAAAAAUAUUUGAAAUCCCAAGGAAGUGACUCUUAUGGUAGAAAAAUCGAAGUAAAGUUCUAGUUCUGAUAUGCAGUUUAUAGUGAGUAUAGUUUCAUCACUUUGCUUACAUAAUGGUAAUUGUUCAUGUAAGGUUAAGGGUGAAAAAAAAAAAAGAAUAACUAAGUAAAAAAAGAAUGAAAAACUGAGGCAGGCGUUGGAAGACCUCACCGAUUUUGGAAUUUUUUAUCCGUCAGAGAACGCUAUUACCGGGGAAACUGGUUCAUUCCUUCGCUAAUUAAAGCCAAGGACGUAUUAAUUACUUCGAAGACGGCGGUGUUUCUAUUGUACUCAGACAGACCAAAGGUAUCUGCGACAACCGUUUUUAAAUCUUAAGGUGUCUAGACAAUGGCAGAUCUUUUGCAAAGGGAAGGCCUCCAUUAACAAUUGAAUCUCAGGUAUCUCUAACGUCCAGGGAUGAACAGAAAAUCUCGAUUGCUUAUCUUGAUGUUUUCGUGAAGGGGUCAUGAUUCAUGUGAAUCGAGAAAACCGAACUGUAAUCUCAUAAAAGCUAUGGCCACAGGCAACGAAUUCAAAAUCUCACUCGAGUGUCUUUUCAAUGCCGGACUUUUUGCUGAGGGCUGCUAGCUCUCGAAUCGUCUGUUUUUGAAGCUCUCUUUUCACUUUUUCUUUCAUUUAAAAUUGUAUACAACUUAGUAAAAUGUAAUUUCGAGUUUCUGUAGUUGGAGCGGAUUUUUAUAAGCUUCGACCAUAUUACGUAACACUUAUUCUUUUAAAUCAGUAAAAGUACUUUUAAACACGCAGCCACAGCAUCAAGAGAAUUCCUCCAAGUUGUCGUUUUAGUAAAAAUUUUAGAAAUAACAAUUUCAAAACCGAAAACGUAGGCCUUUUUCCCACUAUUUUCCUUCGAAGACAGUUUUCACAGGGAUUAAUACCAAGGGGCUUUUAGCAAGAAUGGUCUACUGAUCCUUAGGGAGUUUCCAUGAAGGUUAAAGUUCUAUUUUCUGGUCUGACAGCUAGUAAACCUUGAGUAGAAAAUGAAGUUCGGCGGGCAAGUGCGAUCAGUUAAGUUCUUCGAAAAAGGGUUGUAGUUUGUUUAUUGUUCUCUUGUUUUUUUGUUUUAUUGAAAAGGUAAUUAAAAAACGUCGUAAACGAUUGCUAGUAGGAGGGCUGCUGAAUGACAGUUUAUUAAUUGGAGAAUCUUUUAUUAUGAAUGCAAUUUUCCUUUGCCCGAGGCAAUAUUCGCGCGUGCAAAUUACCAAGUUUCUUUGGCGUGGUUGUGCUAUUUUACCAUAUUCCCCUGCUGAGCUAUCAAUAAGAACCUCAAUCUCCUUCACUAAUAACUAUGGAAAGUAUUUUCUCCGAGGGAUUGUCUGUCAUCAGUAGAUUUGCGUGUCCGGGUUUCCUACAAGGAAUAUGAUUGUGCCUAUUACGAUAUUUCAAUUUAAACGAGAAAAAUAUGUUUUAUCCUCCUUCUCUGCCUAAUUAGUUGUCUGUGAACAUCGACAUAAAAUAAUCUUUGGCCAGUAACGUCCCUUUUCAAAAGAUGACCGGUUUAGUGUUGAAGCAUGCUCAUAAGGCAAUCAGAUUGGGGAAUUUUGUUAACGGGCUUUGCCAUUGUUGCUUAAGGGGGUCAAAACUCCCGCUAAAAAAUGUACAACUAAUUUUUUAUUAUUUUGGUAAUUUAGUAAGAAAUACAUUUAACAUUUCUUGUAGCUUAAAGGGAAGUUUUUAGGGAAAUAUCUUUUCCGGAGACGUUUUAAAAUGGACUUUCUAUGACUCAGCUCAAGGGAAAAACAGGACCAUUAAACGUUUCCCGGCCUAGAAAUGUUAUUACGUGGCUUGCCAAUCUUAUUCUUGUAUUGGCCAUUUUCUCAUAUCAUAAGUAAUUUCACGAGCUAAUCUCACUUUGAAUAAAACAGACUGUUCAACAUUCUUCAUCUGUGCAAGUGAAUUUUGUAAAAAUAAUUCUUUCCUUGUCAUGGCGUAGACCAUUAUGUAACCGUGAUGUUUGUAUUGUUGUCGGACAUCUUCAUCUUAUGGUAACAAGCUGCAUGUAUCGUCCUCAUUCGGCAUCACGGAUUAUGCCAAGUGUCAAUGAUGCAUCAUGUACCAUUAUCACCGAUUACGUUCAUUGCUACAUGUCCACCUCUCACAGCAACGCUUAGAGUCCGCCUUCCAUUACUAGGUGCCAGGGGUUCAGGGAUAGCACAUGGUCAUUUUGUCAUCUUCACACGGCUUAAUUCUCUAGCAGUUCUCCAUAUGGUCAACCGACUGCAACAUUUAACGCCACCAGACCAUCACCAGUUAGCACAAGUUGGUCACAAUCGCCAGUUAGCACAAGUUGAUCACAAUCACCAGUUAAACACAAAUUGGUCACAAUCUCUCGCCAGUUGUAGCACAAGUUGGUCACAAUCACCAGUUAGCACAAGUUGGUCACAAUCUCUCGCCAGUUAUAGCACAAGUUGGUCACAAUCGCCAGUUAGCACAAGCUGGUCACAAUCACCAGUUAAACACAAGUUGGUCACAAUGGCCAGUUAGCACAAGUUGAUCAGAAUCACCAGUUAGCACAAGUUGGUCACAAUCGCCAGUUAGCACAAGCUGGUCACAAUCACCAGUUAAACACAAGUUGGUCACAGUCUCUCGCCAGUUAUAGCACAAGUUGGUCACAAUCUCUCGCCAGUUAUAGCUCAAGUUGGUCACAAUCACCACUUAGCACAAGCUGGUCACAAUCACCAGUUAAACACAAGUUGGUCACAGUCUCUCGCCAGUUAUAGCACAAGUUGGUCACAAUCUCUCGCCAGUUAUAGCUCAAGUUGGUCACAAUCACCACUUAGCACAAGUUGGUCACAAUCGCCUCCACAUAAAACAAAAGUGAUUUAGACAUUGUUCUUUCCCUCAGGUCAUUAAAGGCAGUUCUGAGAUCACUUGCAAGUGUCACGGCGUUUCACAAUCGUGCGCAUUGAGAACAUGCUGGAGAGAGCUUGCUGACUUCUCUGAAAUUGGAAAGAAACUGCAGCAGAAGUAUGACUCUGCUAGUAGAGUUAGAUACGACAGGCGAACGGGUAAAUUCAUAAGGAUUAAGAAGACCAAAGAAGCAGGCUUAAGUCGAAGGGGCGGAAAACGUAGAAGUUCUAGAAUACCAACCUAUCGAAGCCUUGUUUUCAUUGACUCCUCGCCUAAUUAUUGUGUACGCAGCAGAAGACACAAGACAGUGGGAACCAAGGGUCGAGAAUGUAAAAUCAACUCAGAUGGCAGCGACAGUUGUACAGAUCUGUGCUGUGGUCGUGGAUAUCAGCCAGCUGAAGUGGUGACAAAGGAGAAGUGCCAGUGCAAAUUUUACUGGUGUUGUACUGUAAAGUGCAAGCAGUGUUUAAAGAGAACGACAAAAUAUUACUGCCUUUAAUGAGGUACUGCAUGAUGCCAUCUCGUCACUCUGAAAUCGCCCCAUGUAAGGGAAUCCAGAUUCCGGAAUGCUUGUGGAAUCCAGAAUCCAAGUUCCACUGACAAAGACUGGAAUCCACCCCUACAAUCCGGAAUCCACAGCGUGGAAUCCGGAAUCCAAGACUAUCCUGGAUUCCCUUACGUGGGGCGACUGGAAGAUGUUGGUCUUAAGCGGCCAACGAUUCGUGAGAAACCUCCUCAAUCUGAUUUAAAAAGUAACAGCAUGAGGUGUAGAGAAUAAAAUCCUACCAGUGAGCAAACUGAGAUUAUCCGUCAGCCUCUGUAUAUGCAACUGUUCAAUUUAAAUUGACCACUUAAUCUCAAAUCACUGAAGGAUAAAAUGUUUGCCUUAAGCGUGGUUUGUUCCAGGGGAGGGAGCGGAGAAACGUCGAAGACUCGUCAGUGCGUCGGACUCGCGAUCCAGAGGUCCCUAAUCAGAGUCCACAAGUCGUUUUUUUUCUGUCAUUUUCCGCUCCUCACCUGGCCAACAAGUUUGCCUACUGCAAUAUGGGAAUCAUUUUUUUCUAAAUUGUAAAAUGAAUGUAUUUGACUUUGACUUGCAAGAAAAUUACUUUUUAAACGAUACUACACCUUAUUUAUCUGAUUUGUUACCAGAUUCAUCACAUUUGUCACACUAGAACAGUGCUCACUUGUAAUCAUUUCUUGAAUGUUUACCCUGCGUUUAAACAUUAAAUUUAUCAAGAGACGAAAGUUCCAAAAAAGUGAAAAAUUUUAAACUAUAGAUCCGCAGGGGAUGAACAGGGAAUAUGCAUAAAGUUAACUAAGAUAUCCAGUCAUUUUUAUGUAAGGUAUAGACUGACAUUUUAGCUUCGUAACCCACGCAUCACAGUGACGUCAUUAGCACUUAAACGCAUUUUGUCAGUUACUGUGAAAUCGUAGACAUUCUUUUUUCAAGUCUCAAUUUCAAGUUCUUAUAGAUCCAACGUCUCAAUUUAAUGUUUGCAUGUUUACUUAAUAACAACCUUGAUUUGCACUCAUUUUAAACAAUUUCUAUUCAUGAAAGCUUUCUUGAGAAAUAUUUGGUUGAGGUUUGGCUGUUUCAGUGAGUGUUUUUUCCGAGUUCCUCAUACUCCCUUCAUAAAAUUACCCUGCUUGUGAAAAGUAUGCUUUGACUAUCGUUUUCAGACCAUUCAGCAAAUUUGAAAAAAGGGAGCUUUGGUUUAAAAUUAGCUAACAUACAGUCUUUCUUUAAACCCGGACUGAAGUCCUACAGAGUUCUUAAUCAGUGGGAUGUUUCUUUGACUUUAUUUCUGUUUUUUUUUUUUGUUUGUUCAGAAUGAGAACAUAUGGUCUCUGAAAACCGCCUUUAAUGGUUAGCGUAGGGACGUUUCUGUCGCCUAUUUUUCCUAUGAGAAUUGAAUGGCGUUCUUGCCACUGACGUCCCUUUAUUCUUUUUACACUUAGGUUGUUCGAGACACAUCCAAAAUUGUGUGUAAGUGUCAUGGGAUUACGGGAUCAUGUAAUUUCAAGACCUGUUUGAGGUUAUUAGCGGAAUUUGUCGAGAUUGGAAACACAUUGCACGAAAAAUACGACACUGCCGUGCACGUGAAAUUGGAACGUAAAAACGCGAAGAAUCAACUUUUCAUUAAGAGAAAUAAAGAAGAUCAACGCCGAGACUCUUGGAACAAAAGAAGCUUCCAAAAAAGGCCAACUAAAGACACCUUGGUGUUCUUGAAGGUUUCGCCCAACUAUUGCCGAGGGAAUAAAGACUUUCCAGGGACCACUGGACGUUUCUGUAGCAUUGAUUCAUACGGUGUAGAUAGCUGCGAUGAACUGUGCUGUAAAAGAGGAUCCGUGGAAGUGUUAUUAAGGACAGACAAGCGAUGCAAGUGUAAAUUCCAUUGGUGCUGUGAAAUACGGUGCAAGACAUGCUCCGUAGAGGAAACUAAGCAUAGAUGCAGGUGAACUAUUUACUAACGUUGGAAAGCAGGCGAUGUUAUACAGUUAAUCAAAUUCUGUCCUAGCGUUAAGCAUGACCAGUAUUUUAAAAAAUUGCAUGGUUUCCCCUGUCAAAGUUGAACGUUGGAUGGGACUUUCAUUACCGAUGGUAGAUAGCUAAGAGACAUUAGAUCAUACAAAAAAAAAAGAUAGUGGAAAAAUAUCACCCAUUUUGUGAAUGUGGUGAAUUGUACCAUGAGAAAAAGGUUUGUGAGGUUUUGGGGAGC